AUGGCCAGCUCGGGGAGGCCGGCGCCCGGCGGGUGCCUCUGCCCCUCCCGGGCGCCCCUCGCGUGCCUGGGCCCCGCGCUGCUGCUGCUCGCCGACCUGCUGCUGCUGCGGCCGGCGCUGCCCGGGGUCCUCUCCCUGCUGGUGCCCACCGCGCCGCCGCUGUCCCGCCUCUGCCUGGUGGGCCUGAGCCGCUGGGCCGCGCUGUGGCUGGGGGCGCGAGGCGUCCUCUGCGCGGCGCCCGGCUCCGAGGGCGCAGGGGUGCCGGGAUGGCCGGCUGCUGGGAAGCCGCUGGCGGCGGCGCUGGGGUUGGCCCUGCCUGGACUUGCCGUGUUCCGAGAGCUGAAGUCUUGGGGGGCCCCCAGGGUCUCCGACAGCGCCGAGCUCCUGCACUGGGGAAGUCGCCUCGACGCCUUCGCCCUCAGCUACGCGGCUGCACUGCCCGCGGUCGCCUUGUGGCAUAAGCUCGGGAGCCUUCGGGCGCCUGGGGAUCCCGGGGGUUCUGGAGACACGGUUCGUAGACUUCUGGGCUGCCUGGGCUCGGAGAUCCGCCGCCUCCCACUCGUUUUGGUUAUGCUGGUCCUCUCCUGUGUCGGGGAGAUGGCCAUCCCCUUCUUCACCGGCAGACUCACUGACUGUAUUCUACAAGAUGGGGCAGCCACGGCCUUCACCGAAAACAUAAUUCUCAUGUCCAUUCUCACCAUAGCCAGUGCAGUGCUGGAAUUCAUGGGUGACGGGAUCUACAACAGCACCAUGGGCCGUGUGCACAGCCAGUUGCAGGGAGAGGUGUUCCAAGCUGUCCUGCGCCAGGAAACAGAGUUUUUCCAACAGAACCAAACAGGUGCCAUCACAUCUCGGGUAACAGAGGACACGUCCACCUCACAGGCCACAAAGAAGCAGGAAUCUCUGGCACAGGCCAGCCAGGUGGCCAUCGAGGCGCUGUCUGCUAUGCCUACAGUCCGGAGUUUUGCCAAUGAGGAAGGAGAGGCCCAGAAGUUUAGACAAAAACUGCAGGAAUUGAAGACACUCAGUCAGAAGGAGGCCCUGGCCUAUGCAUUCGACACCUGCACCACCAGUAUCUCAGGGAUGCUGCUGAAGGUGGGAAUCCUAUACCUUGGUGGGAAGCUGGUGACCAGUGGGGCUGUAAGCAGUGGGGACCUUGUUACAUUUGUUCUCUACCAGAUCCAGUUCACUACAGCUGUUGAGGUGCUGCUCUCCACUUACCCUAGUGUACAGAAGGCUGUGGGUUCCUCAGAGAAAAUAUUUGAAUAUCUGGACCGGAUCCCUCGCUGCCCACCCAGUGGCACAUUGACUACUUCAAGCUUGAAGGGCCUUGUCCAAUUCCAGGAUGUCUCCUUUGCUUACCCAAAUCGCCCAGAUGUCCCAGUGCUGCAGGGGCUGACGUUCACCCUGCGUCCUGGUGAGGUGACGGCCCUGGUGGGGCCCAAUGGGUCUGGGAAGAGCACAGUGGCCGCCCUGCUGCAGAAUCUGUACCAGCCCACCGGGGGGAAGUUGCUGCUGGAUGGGAAGCCCCUUCCCCUAUAUGAGCACCAUUAUCUGCACACACAGGUGGCUGCAGUGGGACAAGAGCCACAACUAUUUGGAAGAAGUUUUCAAGAAAAUAUUGCUUAUGGCCUGACCCAGAAGCCAACGAUGGAGGAAAUCUCAGCUGCCGCAAAGGAGUCGGGGGCCCACGGUUUCAUCUCUAAACUCCCUCAGGGCUACAGCACAGAGGUAGGCGAGGCUGGGAGUCAGCUCUCAGGGGGUCAGCGGCAGGCAGUGGCCUUGGCUCGAGCAUUGAUCCGGAAACCACGGGUGCUCAUCCUGGAUGAUGCGACCAGUGCCCUGGAUGCAGACAGCCAGUCACGAGUGGAGCAGCUCCUGUACAAAAGCCACAAGCGGUGCUCCCGAUCUGUGCUUCUCAUCACUCAGCGUCUCAGCUCCGUGGAGCAGGCUGACCACAUCCUCUUUCUGGAAGAAGGCACCAUUCGGGAGGCUGGAACCCACCAGCAGCUCAUGGAGAAUCAGGGACCCUACUACAAUAUGGUGCAGGCUCCUGGGGCGACAGGUGACCUAGAAUGAAAGCCUUCUCAGACUCUCUCUAGAGUGGAGAGUUUGGGAACAAAGAUCUUAGCAGCCUUGCAGAGUAGGCAGCUGCUUGUUGGGGAAUUAUGCCUGAAAUUCUGUGGUAUGUGGCCUGAGUUAUGCCUGAAACUUUGAAGUGUGGGGCCUGCGUUAUGGCCGAAAUUCUGCCAGGAAUGCUUCCCCUCCCCAAACUCCUCCUCAUAAUGCAGGUUUCUUGAAAGAAAAGGGGGAUUAUGACUCCUUACUGUAACUGGGCGAAGACCCACGGCUGGUGUGGCUAACACCCUUGAAAUCAGAGAUAUUUAGACCACUAAAUAUUUAAACAUUUAAAUAUUUGGAAAGUAGUGGGAUCUCUACUUUCCAAUAUGACCAAGGAAUAUGCUGGCCCCCAGAUACCCCGUGGGCUCUUGGGCUUUUGGUUUUCCUAAUAAAAGUGGUGUUUGU